AUAUUAAUGAAGUCGCGCAUUGGCUCAGAGUCGCGUCAAUCCCGCUGCGCGACUUCUGUAGGCUGGCAGACUUCCUUCAAUAUUAUUUCUGGGGGAGCAGGGUAAAAGUACUAAAAAAUGUUGCCGAUCCACAACACUGGGAUGGACUGAAUGGAGGCAACGUUGUCAGCGAGCGGAGAUAAUAAAUCCGUCUACAGUCAACCGCGACACACACCGGUAAGCAGAAAUCCAAGGGCGGCUUGUUGAGUUCUCCGUAAAGGUCCAGCCCUCGGCCUCCCCAUGCCUCCAUCUCCCCUUGACGACAGAAUUGUGGUGGCGCUGCCAAGGCCGAUCCGACCUCAGGAACUCCAACUGCGCCUGGACACCAGCUACCUGGACUCCAUCGCCACCAGCAGCAACAGCAAGACAGUAAUCAGCACCACCGUGGUGAAGAUCCGGGCGACGGCCAAUCUUGUAACGUAUAUGCCCUCAUCCAAGGGCUCCACGCGCUCAUUGUCGUGUGGAUGCAGCAGUGCCAGCUGCUGCUCUGUGACUACCUAUGAGAAGGACAGCCAGAGCCUCAGCCACAGCCAGGUGAGCGCCAGCAGCCCCAACCUCAGCUAUGCCGGGCCCCCCACCCCGAUGGUCAGCAACCAUGAAGCAUUAAGCGCCCCGAGUCUCACCCCGGGCACUCCAAAGGCCGUACCCACCGUGAGGGUCAUCCAUCCCAACGAGCUGGCCAAGCGGAUGACCUGCUGCCCGAUGGGACACCCCGUAGGGCCCAUCCCUGUCAUCAUUGAUUGCCGGCCCUUUAUGGAGUACAACAAGAGCCACAUCCGGGGGGCGGUGCACAUCAACUGCUCCGACAAGAUCAGCCGGCGGCGGCUGCAGCAGGGCAAGAUCACUGUGCUGGACCUCAUCUCCUGCCGCGAGGGCAAGGACUCUUUUAAGGGCAUCUUCUCCAAAGAGAUUGUGGUUUACGACGAGAGCACCACGGACCCCAACCGGCUGACAUCCUCGCAGCCCCUACAUGUGGUCCUGGAGUCACUGAGGAGGGAGGGCAAGGACCCGAUCAUCCUCAAAGGAGGCCUUAGCUGCUUCAGGCAGAGCCACGAGAACCUGUGCGAGCACUCGCUGCAUCUUCACGAGGGCCUGGACACGGGCGCAGCUGCCGGCCUGACGGGGGCGCUACCUCACUCUCUGCCCUCCACCCCGGACAUCGAGAACGCUGAGCUGACGCCAAUCCUGCCCUUCCUCUACCUGGGGAACGAGCACGACGCUCAGGACAUCAACCUGCUGCAGCGCUUGAACAUCGGCUACAUCCUGAACGUGACCACCCACCUGCCGCUCUACCACUACGACACGGGCCUCUUCAUCUACAAGCGCCUGCCCGCCACCGACAGCAACAAGCAGAACCUGCGCCAGUACUUCGAGGAGGCGUUUGAAUUCAUCGAGGAAGCACAUCAAGCAGGUAUGGGCCUUCUGAUCCACUGCCAGGCAGGCGUGUCUCGUUCAGCCACCAUCGUGAUCGCCUACCUGAUGAAGCACACCUGGAUGACCAUGACAGACGCCUACAAGUUUGUCAAAACCAGGAGGCCCAUCAUCUCCCCGAACCUCAACUUCAUGGGCCAGCUGUUGGAGUUUGAGGAGGACCUCAACAACGGAAUAACGCCACGAAUCCUCACGCCAAAGCUGAUCGGCGUGGAGACCCUCGUCUAAGCCCCCCCACGCCGUCUGGCUCGAUGCUCAGACUUGUGCUCACUCUCGCUGUUUUGUUUUUUUUUUUCCAAGAGAGACCAGCUGGUUUGGAGCGUGAGAGAGCGAGAGAGAGAGAGAGAGCGAGCGAGCUGCUGUAUUCUUCUUGAAUCUCCUCAUGCUCAUCUUGGACUCUCUGGAGUGCCAAAGCUCUGGGUCAGCGGUGAUGAGAAAUGCCAAAAAUCCCUACUGUUUGGACCUGGCCGAUGUCCCGGAGGAGAAGAUGAGAUAGAGAUAGAGAGAUAGAGAGAGAGAGAGAGAGAGAAAGAGGAAGCGGUCAGUGGGAAGAUUUCCAUUUGUGACCACAGAGGAAUGAAUAUGAGGGAAAAGAAAAUCAGUUUGGAGAAGAUAUUCUAUGUGCUUAGGGGCAAUUACUGACAAAAGAAACUCGUAAAGCUCACACUGUGGCACGGAGUUUAUGUUUGCAGACUCAGGCGGGGUUGGCCACGGCAGUGCCUGUCUCAAAAAAAAAAAACAAACACAAAAAAAAACAUGAAGACAUGUUUGGUGUGUUAAUGUUGUUGUUCUAUUUUUAUACAGGGGUUUAUGGGGGUGACCAUGACGAGCCCACAGCGGCUCACUGUGCAAUAAUUUCAGAGUGGAAUGCAACUGAGACCUUGAUCUUAUGUAUGUGUAUAUAUGGGUAAUGAAUACGAAACAUUUCCAGCUCGUUGCUGAAAUACCAUUUUGAUGUUAAUGUAAUUACUGUUGUUCAGUUCUAUACGUUUCUGUUUAUGGUGCAGACAGUUACGCUGUAAUAUUUGGCGCAGAUGAGUGUACACAAGAUUGAAAAAAAAAGUUUUUUUUGUUUUUUUGAGUGCAGCUUAUGGGUUUAUGUCAGUCAAACCACAGAUUCAUAUUUCAUGUAUUUGCUUUAGUAUUUUUGUUUUUUGCCAUUCCUGCAUCCACAUAUGCAUAUAUUUUAGCAAUAUAUAUAUAAAUAUAUAUAUUUCCAGACAGCCAUAAGAGCUUUUUUUAUGCAUGGCUGCUGGCAGAGGACAGAACACUUUGAAAUAAUCAGUGGAUAUUGUAAAACAGGGCUACUGGUGAUGUUUAAUGUAACAGAGCAGAGGAAUUUCACUGCCUGCUUCUGUCUCCUCUGUUCUUUUUGCUCCAAUUCAUCCAUGAGCCAGCUCUAUUGUAAUGUACUUCACUGUUUUGCCGUCCCUAUGUAGCUACAUGUUAUGUUUUAUCAAUGCCCUACAUUUUGAACUAUGAUUUAGACCAUUCUAAAGUAGCAGAGUUGAGGUACACACUUCAAACGAACAUACACCACCUCCCAUGGGUUGCCGUUUAGUUUGACAGUACAGUAGAGCAGUGUGACCCUCAUCUUAAUUUUUUCCAACUCCCUGUCGCUGACACUAAGCUACAGUUCAGUGAGCUCCUCUGCCUUACGAAGGUGAGAGCUGCCAUCACAUGCUGUUCUAGUGCCUCUAUCAAUGCCUUAAUUCAUGUGUGUCACCAGUGGGCCUGCGCAGGGCACACCAUCACGUGCAGACGAAUGCAGAUCAAACUGAGGUCGAAUUUUUUUUAGCGCCCCAGACAAAAGCAACCCGCUCCUGUUUGUCUCCUUGUGACGUACGGGUUUAACUUUUAAAAAGAUUAUUUCUGCAUAUUCCUGAUAAAUAUGCAGAUUUUUACACAACUGUGUUUCAAAGAUGCUGAAAAGCCUUGAGGUGAAAAUGCUCAUUAUGUAACUCUGAUCUUGUGGUGGCAUUUGAAGGAGAAACUGUGCACCACCGUGAAUUGUAAAUCAACACGGCACUAAACAGUAGUGUAGUUAAGAGUAUAUGCACACACACAAAGUUUACCCUCAUUCUGUCGCAUCUGAAUAUACUCAUUUUUGUUCAUGUUACAACAAAUAUAUAUAGAUAAGAGGAGGAAAGGCUUGAAAAAAUUGCAACUUGCUAGUGUUACUUCUUUAUGCCUUCAUUCUUCUCCAAAUCAUAAUUUUUUAAUUGUUGGUGAAUAGAAUCUAAAUUUUGAAUAUAAGCCUUGUUAAUUUUUACACAUUUUGGAAAGUACCUAGGUAGGAUGCAUGUGUUUUAAGGUGUAGUUCACUUGUCUGUUCAACCUCUUGUAUACAACUGAGCACACACUAUAAACACGUCAUUGAGAUGACUGUGUGCAUUCUAUUUUUAAAAAUGAGCAUUUAAUCAUAGGAAAUAAUGCUGAUCUAAAUAUUAGGGAUCAGCGUUGCUGUCUGAAUCUCCAAAACUUUCCCUUUGAGCUAAGAGGAACAGCCUUGUUAUAGCCUGAAAACAAUGUGUUUUUGAACUAAUUGGUUUUGAUUUGAUAAACCUAAGGGCUGAUUAACUUUUUCCAGGAUGUAAAAGAGCGUGCAGUCCCUAAAACACAAAAUUUAGACCAAAAAACAAGACGUUACAAGGUCUUCAGCCAGUAUUUUAUUGUUCUCACUGACUUGAAGCAGCUUCCUCAUAAAUGAUGGUUCCUUUUCUGUUUAUGUUCACAUGUCCUUCUGUUUUCUGUUCAGCUCUCCAUUGUUUGCAUGAAAAUAAAGGCAUAAAACAAAGCACAGGGCUAACAAUAUCAUUGUCAGAGAACCAAAACCACCAUUUCUUUUGCAAUACACCCUCUGUGAACAAUCUUAAAUACUGAACCCAAAAGUUUGUAUCAUGAGUCUCUAUCAGUAUGACAAGCAGAGAUUGUAGGGCGUUUUCAGAGCAAAAUGAAAACAAAUACACAGUGCACUCAGUAAGGCUUUACAACACCAACGUUCACAACAAUAAGCUUCAAAAAUCCCUCGUGAAAAAUUCAUGCUAUGCAAAAUGAAAUUGUAACAGGUUGUUUUCUUUACCCAACUGUCAUGAAAUCAUUCUGUGAGGUCUCUGCGAACAUUUUGAGCAUGAAUAACAAGUUUGCGGCCUCAGACUGAAGUGAGGUUUAAGUGUGACUUAUCGACAAAGAAGUUGAAAAAAAAAUGUGUUACGAUGUGUCCUCACUUGUAUUUUUGUUGCUGUUGUCAUUGGUGUCUACUGGUGCUCCACAAUAUAUUUGAAUAUGAUAAAAAAAAAGGUAUAUAAUAACCAUUUACCACACGUUUGUAGCUUGUGCAUUUAUAUACAGUGAAUACCAUUUGCAAAAAAAACAACAAAAAAAAAAACAGAGUGCUUAUCAUCUGAGCCAAUGUUAUAUAAGAAUAAUGUACCUUUUCGUCCCAUCUGCCGGUUCCUACAACCGCAGCGGCACAUGGCUUUUGUAUGUAAUGAUCUAUUUGACUGAACAAUGUAACCGUCGUACUGUACAUUACUCUCUCUGGUUGGAAAAGAAGCAUGCUGUGUGCUCCUGGUCUGUGAGGGACACUCGCAGUCAUUAUGGUGCUGUCUGUCUUUCCCACACUGCUCUUUCUGUAGAGGUCACAGCCUGAUCGACAGAUCCGAGAGGAAUCUGGGUUCGUUCCCUUCUACUUGGAAACACGGUUCUGUAUUAGAACAAUAUCAAGCUGUCAUGUUUGAUGUGCACUCUUUACGACUAGACUUGUUUAAGAGUCUCUGCUUUGGGCUCAGAGGCUCCGGUGGAAAUGGGCUUUGCUCUACAAGUCUCUGUAUCUUUCUUUGUGUCUGUAGUCAACGGUCAAGUAUAUACAGUAUAUAAAUAUAUAUAAAUAUAUAUAUAUCUAUUUUCUUUGUAUGCAUAUAUUCAUUACUAUUUUUGCACUGACCUAUGGACAGAUGGAUUUAUUUUUUUUCCACAAAGGGUGCUAUUAUAACGGAGGCCUUCUCCCACACCUUUUUGCAUGACUUGCUCAAAAUUCCUCAACUAGUCUGUCAUCUCUCCUACUCUUCUCCUACUGCUCCUUGAACUGUUGCAAUUGAAGCACUGUAAUUUUGUAAUCCCUACUUGUGAGCUUUGAAAUAAACAGGGAGGCUUCAAGUUUG